CAGACAGGCUAGCUGCGGGCUCUAGUAGCUGAGAUCUCAAAAGUAUUUCUGCGGCGCCCCGGCGCGGGUGCUGCUUCAGAGCCCUGGUUACGAUCUACUGAGCCCAGCCUCCGCUCUCUGUGAGGAGGGGCUACCCAGCCAGGGUCUUACUUUAGGGUGAGGUUUCCGUUUGGGCGUGUCACCCAGCGGGCACGGUUACCCUAACGCCCCUUUCCUCCCGAGGGGACUUCUCUGACACAGGCGCCAGAGCCUUCCCAUGGCUUCCCAGGAGAGGGUGGAGACAGUGACCAAAGGAACAGCGUUCUGGCGCUGCCCCAAGCCAGCCACUUACGCCCCAGAGACCUGCGAGCUGCUCAGAGUGAUGAUGAAGGAAUCCAAACUGACACACUUCCAACAGCGCCACAUCAUGGACACCAUGAAACGAGGAGACACUCUCCCCCUACAGUGCAGCCCAACUUCCAGCCAGAGGGUGUUGCCUUCCAAGCAGCCGGCCUCAGCCAUCUACUUGCCUCCCAUCCUGGCCGUCCGGUCCCACCUCCGGCCUGCCAGCAUGUGCCAAGCCAACGGGGCCUACAGCCGGGAGCAGUUCAAGCCUCAAGCCACCCGAGAUCUGGAGAAGGAGAAGCGAAGACUUCAAAAUAUUUUUGCCACCGGGAAGGAGCCAGCGGAACGGAAAAGAAAGCCCCUUCCUGUGCGGCAGGAGAACCCAGCCCCUGAGCUGGACCGGUUUGAAGAACUGGUAAAGGAAAUCCAGGAGAGGAAAGAAUUCCUGGCUGACAUGGAGGCCCUAGGGCAGGGCAGACAGUACCGAGGGAUCAUCCUCACUGAAAUCUCCCAGAAACUACAGGAAAUGGAAGACCUUGACCACAAGAGGAGUGAGGAACUUAGGAAGGCUCUUGCCACCACUUAAUCUGCCUCCGGAGGGGGGCGGGGCAGCCCAACCUCUACCACUGGAGCCCACCCCCUUGCCAAGCAGGGUCACCCCCAGGUCAGCCCACCCACCCCGGCCUUCAGCCAUGUAAAUGGUUAUAUAGCACUGCCCCCACCUAGGGUACCCUGGACAUAGCACCCUAGAAAAUGGACCACGUCUCAGAAAAUGAGCUGAUUCUCCUUGAGACUCUGCCCAGGGAUCCUCGGUCAGCUGAGCCUCUGAGACCAGUCACAGAUACAGACACAGACACACAUACGAGUCUCUUCUUGGGGAAAGAGCCCCACACACAGUGAAAGCAAGGAUCCAGGUCUCACCAUCUUGGGUGUAUGUCUAAGGGCAUCCACUGGGCUCCCUUCCCACGGCCUCACCCACUGCGUGUCCCUGUGUCCGGCACAUUAGGUUUUCCGAACUUAGUAAUGAAUAUGAUUCCUUUCUUCCUACCUGU